AUGGUUUCAACGCGAAAUCCGCCGAAUCUUGGCGCGUGGCUGAAAGCCGCUAAGCAACUACACCAGGAGAAUCUUGCGCAACCUGUGAAAAUUGUUGGGAUCGUGAGUUUUCCCAAAAAUUCGGGGAUUUUAUUAAAUUGGCUAAAAAAUUCAAUUUUCAGAUUGGAAAAGACUACCCGGAUCAUGGAAAAGGCGAAACAAUCAAUAAUUAUAUUGAUAAAAAUGUUUUUCCGGUAGCAACUCGUGAAAAUUUGAUGGAUGUGAGUUUUCGUUUGAAAUUUCCUAUCAAACAGAAAAAAAAACAGUUUUUUUUAGAUUUCUAUACAUUUUUCGGAGACGGAUCAAAUCCUAUUUCUCAUUUUGAAUGGCUUGGAUGACGUGGCAACGCUGAAGAAUAUGUUUAAGGAGGAGAAUGGGUCAUUUUUGCAAAAAAUGUCAGAAAACGAGGAGAAAUUGCUGAAAAUGUUGCAUUUUUUGUUCAUCACAUGUCAUUUUGUCAUUGUUUUCGAGGCGACUUCCAGAAUUGAUUUGGAAUUUUUUCGACUUUUACGAAGAGUGAACACUCUAAGAUCAUUCAAAAAGCAAGAAGUCGACAAAAUGUUGGCUGAAAAUGAGCUGAAAAAUGUGUGGUUUACGAAUCGAUCGAUUUCGAAUGCUGAAAGAGAGGGAAGGAUUUUGAUACCAAGAUUAUUGGUGGCUUUUCAACGCAAUAAUAUUCGAUAUGAUUUGGGAAGCAAUAAAAAACGCGAGACUUAUGAGAAAUUGGAAAAAUCGCUCGAUUGUCAAUUGUCGGAUGUUUUGACGUAUUUUGAGUUGAUAAAUGCGGAUUCGUGAGUUUUUUGACGUAUUUUUGGUGAAUUUUGGCGCGAAAAAUUACACGUUUGAAAUUUUUUUCCAGAAAAAUGUAGGUUUCAAAAAUUGUUUAUCAAUUUUUUGGUAAUCCAGGUUUUCGCUACCAAAAAACAAAUAUUGACUGAAAAUUCUCCGAAUUUUAGGCACAAGCCCACAUUUUAGGCCUAAGCCUAAGCCUAGGCUUAUCUGGACUCAAGUUUUAGGCCUGAGCCUAGCCUAGGUCUGGUUGGACUUCAAAUUUGAAGCCUGAGGCCAAGCCUAGGCUUUUUUGAAGUAAAAAUUCUUUAAAUUUCAAGCCUGAGCCCAAAUGUAAAGCUUGAGCUUGAGCCUAGGCUUAUUUGGACUCAAAAUUCUUCGAAUUUUAGGCCUAAGCCUAGCCUAUGCUCAUUUAAAGUCAAAAUUCUUCAAAUUUUUGGCCUUAGCCUGAGCCUAGGCUAAUCUGGACUCACAAUUUUCCAAAUUUUAGGCCUGAGCCUAGCCUAUUCUUAUUUGGACUCAAAAUUAUCCGAAUUUUAAGCCUAAUAAGCCUAAACUUAGGCCUAUUUUUAUUUAUGAAUUUCAAAAUACCAGGAACUUUUUUGACGUAAAAAAAGUUGCACCUGCCUACAAAAUUCCCCAAAUAUUAUUAGAUCAAAAAAUGAACCAACAUUCUUCUUUUCUUCUAAUUCCUCGCUCAAUUUGCGAUCUAAUCUCACUAUUCUCAUUCACAUUUCUAGUUUUCUAUAAAUCCACACGAAAAAAUGAUGAUCACAUGUUUCAACAUAUCUUUUCUAUUUGCUCAAUUUUAUUAAUUUCGAACUGUUUCACAACGCUGCUUGAAAUUCUUAUAAAAAUAUAUUAUUUAGACAAUUAUUUUCUAAGUCUUCUAUAUAUUCAUAUAAAUCUCUUCGAAAAAUAUAUAAUUCUAGAACUUUCCAAUUAUAUAACAUCGAUUUUCACAUUUCUAAUUGCUCUUGAAAGAUUUCUCAUUUUACAUUUCUCACAAUCAGAAUAUCGCAGAUUCCUGCGCAGAAUUCCUCUAACUUAUCUCAUCUGGAUAAGCGGGGUUACUUUAAGUUUUUUGAAAUUGCAGCUCUGCGAGCUCGCAAUAUAUAUACCGUUUUGUCCAGAAUAUCCAUUUUUGAUUUAUUCAAAAAUUAUAGUUCUGCUAAUUAUCUCAAUAAUAUCUAGUUUGAUAUAUUUGCAUAUUUAUCUAGUUAUGCGAACUCUAAAUCAUAAUAAUUAUCAAAAUAUCGAUUAUGUCUAUCAAUUUCUACCAAUUUCUCUUCAUCAUUUCCAAAUCAAUUCGCUAAUGCUUUUCGAUUUGGUUAUGAUUGAUUUUUUUGAUGCGAAAAAUCAUCUGAAUUUCACCAGUCAUCUAUUCGUUGUUCUACAACAUUUGACUCCGCUGGUUUUGACGUUGUCCUACGUGGCAUCUCGGCGAAAUUUGAGACAUUUGAGGAUUUCUAUGGCGGUUUGAUUGGAGGUGACUGAUCUAUGGCGUGGCAAAUCUUGAAUAGAAUUUAUCGCGAAAAAUCCACGUCAUAGGGUCAGAAUUUCGCGCAAAAAUUCAAAAAAAACAUUUUUUUUUUCAAAAAUUAGUUAUAAAUUUUUCGGUUCACGAAAAUUCAGUAAGAAAAUUCCUCAAAUUUUGAGCCCAAGCCUAUUUUAAGCUCAAAAAGGUCCCAAUUUCAAGCCUAGGCUUAUUUGGACUCAAAAUUCUUCGAAUUUUAAGCCUAAGCCUAAAUUUCAUACCAAAGCCCAAGCCUAGGCUCAUUCGGACUUCGAAUUCUCCAAAUUUUGAGCCUAAGCCUAAGCCUAGGAUUAUUUGGACUCAAAAUUCUUCAAAUUUUGAGCCUGAGCCCAAGCCUAGGCUUUUUUUAUACUCAAAAUGCUCCUAAUUCCAAACCAAACCCAAUUUUCCAGCGAUUCCCUCUUCCAACUCAACGAAACUCUGCCCUUCGUCCAUCUCAUCAACCCAAAAAUCAUCAAACGUGACGUCAUCGAAGAGAUGCUCGAUUUCUUCACCCAACAAAACGACAGCGAGUUGUCGCAACUUCCCAGCAAUCAAUCGCUCCACAAAUUUUUCGACGAAAAUUUCAAAUCCGAAAAAGCGGUUGCCAAACUGGAGAAUGUCAUAGACGCGCUGAAUUCGAUUUUUUCCACUGUCUUUCAAGGAACAUCUGGAAAAAUCGAUAAAAAACACAUGAUUUACGCGAACUUUGAGAAUCAUUUGUUGAAUUUACACCUCACGGAAGCGUUCAAGAUUUAUGAGCGAAAUUUGACGCAACGCGGAUUGCGUACGCGUGCGGAUCAUGAGCUGCGAUUCGGCGAAGCGGCGCGGUAUUUGCGGCAAGUUUGCGGAAGUCGAUUGGAGUGGGCGAUGGAGGAGUUGCAGCGGAAAUGUGAUGAGAUUUGGAAAUCGGAUCGAGCUUGUGAACAAGUUUCGUUGACUGGUGUCACGUGUAGGGUGAAGGUGGGUGAUUUUUAGCCUGAAAAAUAGGAUUUCAUGCCGAAAAUGAUAAAUUUAGAUGUUUUUAGUCCAGAAUUAGGGUUUUGUGCCCAAAAAAUGCCAAAUUUUCUGAUUUUUUGGUAUUUUUUACAAGGGAAGUGCAUAGGGUUAGGUGUUGAACUUUUGAUGAAACGUUCAAAAUAAACCAAAUCGACCAUGCUGAUCACGAAUCCGAAGUCAAAAAUUGCCACAAAUGCCUGUGAGCACUUUUCUGGAGCUCCAAAGUUAGAAUUGAGUUUUGGUUUUUGCCCAUUUUCACCUUGUCUCUGGGUGGAAAAUCAAUUUUUAUAACAUGAAUAAGGUUGCUCACCAAAUUCGAAAACAUAUCCGCUUUUCAGUUCUUCGAAAAAUAUGAAAAACCAGCUGAAAACUGCAACUUUUAAGAAUUUCCUGAAAAUACACACAAUCACACGUAAAUACACACGUUUUUUAAAGUUUUUCGUGCAUUUUCGAAAAUUACAGUUUUGACCUGGUUUUUCAUAUUGUUUGAUAAAUUGAAAAGCUGAUAGGUUUUCGAAUGUGAAGAACAACCUUAUUCCAGUUAUAAAAAUUGAUUUUCCACCCAGGAACAUGGUGAAAAUGGACUGAAAUCAAAACUCAAUUUCAACUUUGGAGCUCCAGAAAAGUGCUCACAGGCAUUUGUGGCAAUUUUUGAUUUCGGAUUCGUGAUCAGCAUGGUCGAUUUGGUUUAUUUUGAACGCUUCAUCAAAAGUUCAACACCUAACCCUAUGCACUUCCCUUGUCAGGAGAAACUAAAAAAAAUUUCUGAAAAAAUUUCACUGUUUCAGAAUUUUUUGAUUUUUAAAAAAAUUUUGUGAAACUGCUUUAUUAAAAUCGAUUAUGAAAUUAAUAUUUACACGUGUCAAAAAACUUGUGAGAAAAAAUUCACUGUUUCAAAAAAUUUUUUAUUUCAUUUACCAACGUUUGGUAAUUUAUACCAUCAUCAGGGACAAUUACCUGGAAAUUACUUUUUUCGUUGACUGGUGUCACGUGUAGGGUGAAGGUGGGUGAUUUUUAGCCAAGAAAAUCGGAUUUUGUGCCCAAAAUGAUAAAUUUGGGUAUUUUUACCGAAAAAUUCAGAUUUUGCACCCAAAAACUCAUGAAAAUGAAUUUUUCUACGCAAAGAAAAAAAUCCCCGAAAACCGAUUUUCUCGAGAUUUUUUGAAACAGUAUUUUUUUUCAGAAAAAAAUUCCCGAAAAAUUUAGGUUUCAAAGAUAUAUUAUGAAUUUUUCUGUUGUUUAAUUCAGGAUAUUUUUUCAUUAUGUGCUAUUAAUUACAGUAAACUAAUUGUAAGCCUUAAAAAAUUCUGUAAAAAAUUAAUUUCAGGACAAAGCCCAAGCCCGGGCUCAGGCAUAUUUAGACUCAAAAUUCAAUAUGAAUUUUUGUUCCCAAGGAAAAUUGGGCCCAUUUGGUCUCCUAAAACCUUAAUUUUCUCACGAUUUUUUGAAACAGUAAUUUUUUUCAGAAAAAUUUCACAAACCACAAUAAAUUUAUGAUUUUAUCAUUUUUCAACAUGAAAUUUUGAAACAGUGAUUUUUUUCGGAAAAAAAUCCCGAAAAAUUUAGGUUUCAAAAAUAUUUUAUGUAUUUUUCUGUUGUUUAAUCCAGGAUUUUUUCGUUAGUAAUAUCAAUUACAGCAAACCUGGACUUGAAAAAUUAAAUAAAAUUAUUUCAGGCGAAGCCCGGACCCAGGCUUGUUUAGACUCAAAAUUGAAUUUUAAUUUUUUAUACGCAAGGAAAAUUGGGCCCAUUUUGGCUCCUAAAACCUGCAUUUUCUCAAAAAUUUUUUUGAAACAGUAAUUUUUUUCAGAAAAAAAAUUGCCUAUUUUUAUCGGUUUUUUUUUUGAAAAAAAUCCCGAAAAAUUUAGGUUUCAAAGAUAUUUUAUGAAUUUUUCUGUUGUUUAAUCCAGGAUAUUUUUUUAUUAUGUGCUAUUAAUUACAGUAAACUAAUUGUAAGCCUUAAAAAAUUCUGUAAAAAUUAAUUUCAGGACAAAGCCCAAGCCCGGGCCCAGGCAUAUUUAGACUCAAAAUUCAAUUUGAAUUCAUGUACCCAAGGAACAUUGGGCCUAUUUGAACCACUAAAACCUGAAUUUUCUCAAGAUUUUUUGAAACAGUAAUUUUUUGCUGAGAAAAAUUUUGCAAACAACAAUAAAUUUAUGAUUUCAUCAUUUUUCAAUAUGAAAUUUUGAAACAGUAAUUUUUUUUCGGAAAAAAAUCCCGAAAAAUUUAGGUUUCAAAAAUAUUUUAUGAAUUUUUCUUAUUUUUUCAUUAGUGAUAUUAAUUACAGUAAACCUACACUUGAAAAAUUAAAAAAAAUUAUUUCAGGCCAAGCCCAGGCUCAGGCUUAUUCAUUCUCAAAAUUGGAUUUUAAUUUUUUAUACGCAAGGAAAAUGGGGCCCAUUUGGGCUCCCAUAACCUGAAUUUUCUCAAGAUUUUUUGAAACAGUAAUUUUUUUUUGGUAAAAAUUUUUUACAAAUAACAAUAAAUUUAUGAAUUUAUAAUUUUUCAACAUGAAAUUUUGAAACCGUUUUUUUUUUGGAAAAAAAAAGUCCCGAAAAAUUUAGGUUUCAAAAUAUUUUAUGAAUUUUUCUGUUUUUUAAUCCAGGAUAGUUAUAUCUGACAUUUUAUACAGUAAACCUGGACUAGAAAAAUUCUUAAAUUUUUUCAGGCCGAAUUUUUUUUCAGGGCCGAUUUUUUUUCAGGCCGAAUUUCAAGCCCGGACCCAGGCUUAUUUAGGCUCAAAAUUCUCCAAAUUUCCAGGUGCAUCCAACAUUUGGCGAUGAAACGUGUGCUGAAAAUCGUUGGACACCACACGACUCAUUUGACACGUUGAUCUCCACGUGUCCUUGUGGAACUCGUCAAAUUCUCCGACCCGAUCCGUUCAGUGUAAAAGAGGCGAAUUUCGACUUCUUCGACAAUAAUCCGGAAUUUGUGUGCUGUAAGCGAUUGGAGAAGUUUCGAUUCGAUGUUUAUGCGGAAGAAGAGGAUGGAGAGAAGGAUGAGGUGGGGAUUUUUGAGGGUUUGGGACCUGAAAAAUCGCCUCGAGACCCAAAUUUUCAUGAAAAAUCUGAUUUUUCUGGUCCUGAACAUGGAAAACCAACAUUUUGUGGUCUAGGACUUGAAAAAUAGCCUCGAAACCCAAUUUUUCAUCUAGAGCCCUAAAAACUGCUAUGAACAAAAAAUGUAUUGUUUUAAUGAAAACUCCUCAAAUUUAAUCAAAAUUGUUUAAAUUUGAAAUAACUUUGAAAAUCCUGUGAAACAGUGAAUUUUUAAGAAACUUUUUUUUGAUUUUUCAAAAAAUUCACUGUUUCAAAAUUUUCACAAAUUUUCUUUUUCACAUUUCAAAUCCACUGAAGCGCAAAAUGAUGAAUUAAAUUCCACGUGAAACAUUUAAUAUUGAAUUUUUUCACUGUUUCAAAAUUUUUUGAGAAAUAUUUUUAUUUUAAAAAAAUUGAAUUUUUGCAGUGGAACAAUUGGGCGGAUCGAGAUCGCGAAUCGAAUUCUUUGAUCACCAAAAAUCAAUCUUCUGCCGCAGCUCCUCCGGAAAAUGCUGAAAAUGAGCAAUCUGUGAUAAUAAAUGAGCCACCAACAAAUGAGGAAGAAGAAAGUACUGAAGAUGAGGAUUAUGCGCUGGAACAGGUGGGGUUUUUGGGGGGAAAUUCUGUACAAAAUGAGUUACAGUAACCGUUACUGUUGAAAAAAAGGAUACUGUUGAAAAUUCGGCUAGAAAUCUGAAAAAUUGAAUAUUGUUUUGGAGCCCUAAAAAUUCAAAAAUUGUUCAAAUUAUCUGAAAUUUGGUCUCAUUUUAAAGCCUUGGAAAUUAUCCACGAAAAGAGAUACAGUACCCCUUGGAUACUGUAGAAAAUUCGGCUGAAAAUCUGAAUUUUUAGAUCUCAUUUUGAAGCUCUCAAUUCCCUUCGUUCUGAAAUUUUAACCGAAAAGUUGCAAAUUUCUAAAAAAAAAUUCACUGUUUCAUUGAAUUUUUAUAGAAUUCUGGAGCUAUUUUUGAAUAAUACGAACGAAGAUUUACGAAAAAAAUAAUUUCAAAAAUUUUACUGUUUCACAUAAUUGUAACAGACAGUUUCAAGAGUUUUUUAUGCUCUGUCAUGGUCUUUAAAGAAAACCUGAAAAUUCGAAAAAUUCUGAGCUGAAAAUUUAUUUUUGAAAAUGUUCACUGUUUCACCAAUUUUGCAAAAAUUUCCUGGCGAAAUUUGGUUUUGAUUUAACAAUCUGAACUUCUCCAAAAAUUUACUGUUUCAACAAAUUUUGACAUAUUUUUGUGUUAAGUGUUUAUUUGAUGCCAUUCAAAACCAUGACAUUUAUUAAAUUUGGUCUCAUUUUGAAGCUCUUGAAACAACAAAAAAAAAUGAGGUACAGUAAUCUUCGGAUACCGUUUGGCUGAAAAUCUGAAAUAAAAUUUUCAGCUGAAAAUUUACUCUAAAAAUUUUACGGUUUCAAAAAUUGUUCAAAUUACAUCAAAGUUGGUCUCAUUUUAAUUCUCCUGAAAUUCUCCACAAAAUCCAACCAAAAAUCAAUUCCAGAGAUCCCAAAGCACCACCUCAUCCGACGAUCUCUACACGCGUCCCCGAAGCCGCAAAGAUUCCACCAAAACGAAUCGCGAAAUUGCCGCCGAUUACGCGAAACGCCUAAAUUUGCUCAGAAAAUCGGAAAAAACUGGAUGGUUGGAUGGAGUUCCCAACAAUUUAUCGAUUUCCCAAGGAUUGUUGCCACUUUUUCCUUCGUGGAUUUUGACGUGUUUGGGAGAGUCGAGUUUGUAUAAGUUGGUGUUUUUGGUGGGGGAAAAUUAACUGUUUCAAAAAAUUUUGAAAUUUUUGCUUGAAAAUUCCCAUAGUUCUCACAAAUGUGGUGAAAAGCGAUAUUUUUGGUUGAAAAUUCAAAAAAAAAUAUUUUUAGCUGGAAAAUUCUGAAUCUUUGAAUAAAAUAAUUCGACGUGGAAAUUUUGAAUUUUUGAACCGAAAUUUGAAAAAAAAAUCACUGUUUCGAAAAUCCUAAAAGUUUAGCUUCAAAAUCUCCAGGUUGAUGGUCCGAUUCGAAUUAUUAACUGAGUCUGAGCCCAUAUUUUGACUCCAAAAAUUGCACCACAUAAUUUUUGCGAAAAAAAUCCACGUGGAAAUUCUGAAUUUCAAAACGAAAAAUUGAAAAUUUUUUCUAAAAUUUCACUGUUUCAAGGCAUGUUUUCGGAAAAAGUUUUUUUGUUUCGGAAAAAAAAUUAUCGAAUUUUUUUCUUUGAAAAAAUACGUUUUAAAGCUAUGUCUUCCUAUUUUUGAUGAAUUUUCAAGCAAUAGAAUUUCCGAAGAUUUUGUAAUCGAAAAUCCUGAAUUUCUAGUCACCUAAAAUUAAUUGUUAGACCAUUCCUCAAAUUUUCCACCAUUUUCAGUCAUCAUUCCGGCGUCAGAAAUCAGCCAAACUUCAAAAUUGGCGGUGAAUAUCUGAUACCCGCCCUGGUUUUCGUGGAUUGCGAUUUGGAUGUUUGGAAUCGAGAUUUGGAGCGAAUCAAAAACGAGGAUUCAUAUCGAAGAUUCACCGCAAAAACCCCCAAAAAUGGAGAGGAAACGCCGAAAGUCAAAUUGUUUUUGGGAUUUGAAUAUGAGUGUUCGAGAGGUCAUCGAUUUUUUGUUGAUCAUCAGGGAGAGCCGUUUAUUUGUGCGAGGGUGAGUGGUUUUUGGGUGGAAAUUUGGUGGAAAAUAAGCUGAAAUUCAAGAUUUGUAGGUGAAAAUUGACCUAAAAUUACAAAUUUUAAUCUCACAACAUUCAAAAUUUUUCACUGUUUCAAAAUAAAGUUGAAUAUUUUUCAAUUUUUGGAUGUUUUAAUACGAUCUUCUUUUCCCUUCAAAAAUCAUCAAAAAAAAAUUCACUGUUUCUAAAAAUAAAUUAACGCUACAUUAAAUAUUGACUCUUGGAAAAUUUUCAAAAAGUUUUUGGUAAAAAAAAUUGGCACAGAGAAAACAUUGUGGAAAAUGAGUUGAAAUUGAUCAAAAUUAUCAAAAAUCAUUCAGAAUUUUCACUGUUUCAAAAUAAAGUUGAAUAUUUUUCUAUUUUUGGAUAUUCUAAUGUUACGUUCUUGAAUAUUUUAGAAUAUUGAUUUUCGGUGCCAAAAAUUAUCCAAAAUUAAUUUUUUCUCUCAAAAAUCAUUAAAGGAAAAUGAUUGAAAAUUUACCUAAACUUGCAAAUUUUAAGCUCACAACAUUCAAAAUUUUUCACUGUUUCAAAAAAGUUCCAAAUAUUCAUAAAAUUUUUGAAAAUUAAUAAUGUCCUUUUGAGAGAAAUUUUGCAAUUAAAAAUCUUCAUUUUAUUCACAAUGUUUCAGUAUUAUUGGAACAAUUAAAAGCGUAACCUCGAUAAAAUCGAUAAUUUCUGUUGAAAUCUUCGUCUUCACUUUCCAAAACAAAUUUGACAUCAAAAUCUUCAAAACUAACAAUGUAAUCAAUUUGGUGUACUCCGUAUACAAAGUGAAUCAAUGCAUUAUCACCUCUGUGUGUUUUAUUUGGAUCAUAAUGAUAAUUGAUUUCUCGCAAAUUUGUGAAUUUCAAUUUUUCUGACGUGUUUGAUAGAAAAUAAUACAUAAAUCCGUGUCGAUCCAGAAUUUCUGAGUUGCAUUGUUGAAAUUCGAAAUCUGGCCAAAUCAGAAUCUUCUUUGAAUUAUAUUUCACAGUAGUCAUUAAUCGAUACCUUUCUUCUAUAAAUUCACGGUAUUUUGCCAAUUUUGCAUCGUUUUGAGUUGUUGUUUCGAUUAUUGAUAAAAUUGCCAGAAUAUGAAAUGCUAUUUUGAACAUUUUUCAUAGAAAAAUGUAAAAUGAACGGAUUUCUGAUUUCUUUCCUCAACAAUCAUUAAUUCCAGAUGAUUUCCAGACAUUUCUGUUCAAAAAACCAAUAAAUCUUUUUUUUUUCGAAAAGUUUUCAAAUGAUUAAUGUGUUGUAUUUUCGAAUUUUUCAACUUUGAACACUUUUCGAAAAAAAAAUUAUUGGUUUUUUGAACAAAAAUGUCUGGAAAUCACUUGCAAUUAAUGAUUCUUGAGAAACUUUCGAUAAAAAUUCGUUCAUUUUACAUUUUUUUUCCAAAAAUGUUCAGAAUAGCGUGUCAUAUUCUGACAAUUUCAUCAAUAAUCGAAACAACAACUCAAAACGAUGCAAAAUACCGUGAAAUUAUAGAAGAAAGGUAUCGAUUAAUGAUAAAUGUGAACUAUAAUUCGAAGAAGAUUCUGAUUUGGCCAGAUUUCGAAUUUCAACAGUGCAACUCAGAAAUUCUGGAUCGACACGGUUUUAUGUAUUAUUUUCUAUCAAAAACGGCAGAAAAAUUGAAAUUCACAAAUUUGCGAGAAAUCAACUAUCAUUAUGAUUCAAAUAAAGAACUCAGAGGCGAUACUGCAGUGAUUAAACUUGCAUUUGGAGUACAUAAAAUUGAUUACAUUGUUAGUUUUGAAGAUUUUGAUGUCAAAUUCGUUUUGGAAAGUGAAGGCGAAGAUUUCAACAGAAAUUAUCGAUUUUAUCGAGGUUACGCUUUUAAUUGUUCCAAUAAUACUGAAACAUUGUGAAUGAGAUGAAGAUUUUCUAUUGCAAUAUUUCUCUCAAAAGGACAUUAUUAAUUUUCAAAAAUUGAAUGAAAUUUUGGAACUUUUUUGAAACAGUGAAACAUUUUGAAUGUUGUGAGGUUAAAAUUUGCAAUUUUAGGUUUUUCACCUAUUAAUCUCGAAUUUCAACUCAUUUUCAAUCAUUUUCCUUUAAUGAUUUUUUGAGAGAAAAAACUAAUUUUGGAUGAUUUCUGGCACCGAAAAUCAAUAUCUUGAAUUUAUUUAAAAUGUAACACAGUUGAUCAAAUUAAAAUUUUCAAAAGUUCGAAAGAUAUUCCCAUUUAUUUUGAAACAGUAAAUAUUCUGGGAUUUUUCCAGAAUAUUUCAACACAUUUAUCUUUCAACUUUAAACUUUCAAACUUGAACUUUGGGUCAAAAAAUGUUGAUUUUGAAUUUUAAAAAAUUACUUCUGGAAAAAUCCCAGAAUAUUCACUGUUUCAAAAUAAAUGUGAAUAUUUUUCGAAUUUUUUAUUAUUUUAAUUAUCAUCAUUUGUUUUUGCAAUUCAAGUUAUCAAAUUUUAGCGCUAAAAAUUGAGGAUAGUGUAGAAUUUUUAGUGAAAAGAAAUGUCGGGAGAAAAUGAUUGAAAUUGAUUUAAAAAAAUAUCAGAAAAAAUCAGAAUUUUCACUGUUUCAAAAUAAAUGUGAAUAUUUUUCGAAUUUUUGAAAAUUUUAAUCCGUGUCAUUUAUUACUAGUAGAAAAUCACUCCUCACAUUUUCCAGGGUUCAAACAUUUCCCGCGAAGCUGCGCGUCGCGGAAGCCUCUCCGACAUUCUCACAGCGGAUCUUCCGCUCCGCCGCGCUUGCACCUGCCGAAAACCGCCACCAAAAUCCGCGCAACUCAUGAAAAUCCACGUGGUCACACCAAAAGCGCCAGUCAAAAUCACCAUUGACCCAGUGGUUUUGGUGCCCGGACAGCCUGGAACUGAGUAUCGAACCGGACAAGCCCCGCUGGAAUUGGCACAUUCGAAGUGAGUGUUUUAUGGGGGGAAUUUUGGGAAAAAUAUUUCACUGUUUCAAAUUUUUCUUGAAUCUGGAAUUUUUGUUAGAAAAUUGUUUUUUCAUUGGAAUUUUGUAAGAUUUAAAUUUCCACGUGGCAUUAUUUUGGCAUCGAAAUUAAAUUUUCAAGUUUUUUCUGCAUUACAUGUAGAAAAUUGAGUUUUCAAAAAUGUUCACUGUUUCAAAAUUUUCUGAUAAUUUUGUAGUUAUUUUCGAGAACUGAUCUCAUUUUUUUAAAUGUAGUCUAAUAUUUUUCUAGUUUAUACGUGGAAAAUUCAGAUGUUUUUUGAGUUUUUCAGAAUUUUCACUGUUUCAAAAUUUUCUGAUAAUUUUGUAGUUAUUUUUGAGAACUGAUAGGCAAUUGGAAUCAUUUUAAUCCAAAACUGAAAAUUGAACAUUUUUCUGAAUUUCCACGUGGAAAAUUCGAUAUUUUUUGAGUUUUUCAGAAUUCUCACUGUUUCAAAAUUUUCUAAUAAUUUUGAGGUUUUUUUUGAAAACUGAUUCUGUUUUUUUUGUAUUCCAAUCCAAUAUUUUUCUAGUUUACACGUGGAAAAUUUGAUAUUUUUUGAGUUUUCAGAAUUUUCACUGUUUCAAAAUUUUUGGAAAAAUUUUGAAGUUAUUUGGAAAAUAAUAAAAUUGAGUUUCUUGAAUUUUCAAAAAUUUUCACUGUUUCAAAAUUUUUUGAUAAUUUUGAGGUUUUUUUUGAGAAUCGAUUAGAAAUUCGUUUCAUUCGAAACUGAAAACUGAACAUUUAAUGAAUUUCCACGUGGAAAAUUUGAUGUUUUUUGAGUUUUUCAGAAUUUUCACUGUUUCAAAAUUUUCUGAUAAUUUUGAAGUUUUUUUGAAAACUGAUGAGCACAUUUAAUAAUUUAAUCAUGUGGCAUAAUUUCAGCACCGAAAACCCCAACCUGAAAUUAAUUCUAGAUACUACAUUCUCCAACUUCCCAUGACGUAUUCAAGCCCAUCCGGAACCUACAUUCACGACCCAACAAAUCUCGAAAAAUGCGGGAUUCUGAAAGGCGGUGCAAUUAGUGUGGCCUACAAGCCGAUUUUGUCGUUCAGAUGGUGA